AUGUUUUUCGUCAAUUGGUUCUGGGACGUGUUGGGGUACUUUGGGCUGUCGAGGAAAUCCGCCCGCAUUGUUUUCUUAGGGUUGGAUAAUGCCGGCAAAACAACUCUUCUUCACAUGUUGAAAGAUGAUAGAGUGGCUCAGCACGUGCCUACACUGCAUCCCCACUCUGAGGAGCUCAUAGUUGGGAAGAUUCGUUUUAAGACAUUCGAUCUCGGAGGCCACGAGACAGCAAGAAGAAUAUGGAGGGACUACUUUGCAGCAGUUGAUGCAAUUGUUUUUAUGGUCGAUGCAACAGAUAGAGGCCGCUUCCAGGAGGCCAAGGAGGAGCUCACCUUUCAAUGUUUGUCGUCUACUAUUGAAUAUUUAGGAUUUGUGAUUAAAUAUUUAAGAUUUUUGCUUAUCUUCUAG